UUCUGACUUGACAUACGUUAUCAAGUUUAAUAUCAAUUUCAUUUAACCACAUGUCGACGUAUAAUUGUUUGGUGCUUCUGAAUUAAAUGAUAUUUUUACAUUAUAAAACCAUCUUAAAUUAAACUAUUGCCUCUAUAAAAUAACAGUUAUAAGUGAUUUACAAAUUCUUUUAUUCAAGUACGUACAAAUAUUGCAACUAUGGCACCUUCAGUCCCAGAAGUGAACUAUAUGCCUAAAGAUGACCCUAUCGGUAUCAGAGCAGUGUUACUCGGACCUCCCGGUUCUGGCAAGGGCACUCAAGCUCCAUUGCUCAAGAAGAAAUUCUGUGUAUGUCAUUUAUCGACUGGGGAUAUGUUACGAGCGGAAGUAGCAUCAGGCUCCGAGCUAGGUCGUCGACUGAAGCAAGUUAUGGAUGAAGGAAAACUGGUGUCGGAUGAAAUGGUUGUUGACAUGAUUGAUAAGAAUCUUGAUAAACCUGAAUGUAAGCAUGGCUUCCUGUUAGAUGGAUUCCCUAGAACAGUGCCACAAGCUGAAAAGCUUGAUGAUCUCUUGGCUAAAAGGAAAUCAGCUCUUGAUUGUGUUAUUGAGUUCAAUAUUGAAGAUAGCUUGCUAGUCCGUAGAGUCACCGGACGAUUAAUUCAUCCAGCAAGUGGUCGCAGCUAUCACGAGGAGUUCCAUCCUCCUAAGAAAGCUAUGACGGAUGAUGAGACCGGCGAACCUCUGAUACGGAGGUCAGAUGAUAACGUUAAAGCCUUGCAGAAGAGAUUAGCUACAUAUCACAACCAAACGGUACCUCUCAUUGAUUAUUAUAUGAGGAAAGGUCUGCAUUAUAGGAUAGACGCCUCAAAGUCCGCUGAAACAGUGUUCGAUAAAAUCGACAACAUUUUUAAAACUCAGAUCUUUGGAAGAGCAAGAUCAGCAAAAUAAUUUACAAUAAGAAAAAGUUCUUGUACUAAAUGAUUUUAUCAUAUUUUUUACACUAUGCCCUUGUUCUGGUUUCGGUGAUGGCUGUCCUCGAGAAUAUUUUGUACUGUAAAUAAAACAUUCUACAAUUUUAUAACUUGUAACCUAUAGAACUAGAGAAAUGAUUUGAUGAAAUAAACAAUAAGGAAUAACAACCAUCAUGUACAAUCUUAAAAUUGUGUAAAAAAAAUAAAGUAUAAGUUGAAUUCUU